GUAGCCGGGGGACCAAUCAGGAGCGGCGGCUGCAGCGGCUGAGGUGCCCCGAGAGUCAACGUGUUUCAUCACUGAGCGCACAGGUCGGUGAGUGUCGCGGCGCAGCGGUUGUAUGAUGACAAUUGCCAUGCCAACCGAUGAAGGACCCACAACUUUUGCCAAACUUCUUCACCUGAUAUUUCUGUCUACAUUCUGGGGGAUGCAGAUAUGGGUCACAUUUAUUUCAGAGUUUGUCAUGGGCAGUAACCUCUCCAGACAUACAUUUGGCUUCAUUCGGAGCAAGCUCUUUCCUUACUAUUUCCACUUGGGUUCAGCCUGCGCUUUCUUUAACCUGACCAUCUUUGCAAUAUAUCAUCCAAGUGAGCUGCUAAAUGAAGAGGAGACCCUGCAGAUUGUAAUUUUCUUCAUCUGUGUGACUGUCGCCGGGAUCAAUGCUCAGUGGUUUGGACAAAUAACUUCCGAGGUCAUGGCCGACAUGCACGUGAUUGAACAGAGCCGUGGGCUGGGUCACGAUGUCGGCCUGUCCAGUAAUAAGGAGGCGUAUGGCCAGCUGAAGGAGACCAAUACUAAAUACAAGCAUUUGGCACAUAAACUUGACCUGUAUCAUAGGUUCUCCUCUCUCUGUAACCUGUGCUGCAUUGUUUGCAAUGGGAUGAGUCUGUAUUACAUGGCAGCUAAUUUGUCCACUUUGUGAAAUAGUCUGAUUCAGAUAUUCCAAGGGCCUAAAUCAUCCAGGGAAGUUUUCUUACCUUCAGGAGUUUAUCGUGUGCAAGACAGACAUGUUCAAGUUGCAAACUAUUUGCACCACAUAUUGUAACGAUGGACUAUGGGUUCACUGUGAUCUUUGGAAUAAUACUGUUUUGAUGGGUAUUAAUACUGCAAUCUGCAAUAUUUUUGUGAUUAGAAAAGUUACUGUAUGUUCUAGGAAAAAGUAUGCCCUGGUAUACAGUCACAUUUAUAGAAUGUGGAUUGAACAUGUACUCAUUCUCUGUACUAUACCCCUCCCCAAAACACUUUUUGGGAAGGUACAGUCUUUUACAAUUGUAGAAUAAUUUCAGAAAAACAUACCAAUGACACAUGACUGUAAAUAGAUACUAAUACCUCAUCCACUGUAAAGCAAACUCAGCUUACACAAUUUGUAGACAUUCUGCUUGACACCUGGUUAAGAUAACUCACAUACAAGCUCAGUCCACACACACAGGUCCUCAUUGUUCGACUAUGCCAUCGGCCACCCCCCUU